AUGAAGCCGCACCGCCAAGAUCUCUCUCAAGUGUUCACAGCCACAGACAACCACAUCAAGUCGCGACGUGUCGUGUCAUUGAAGCUUGGCUUGGUGAUCCUCUCUGUCGCGCUCAUUGACAAGUCAGGUAGUCGAUUGACAAGUUGGCAGCGCUCGCGAUCAGGCUCGUUGGACAUGAUCUCUGCCUUCUUCAUCCUCAAUCUCAAGGGGGAAGUCCUCAUCUCGAGGUUGUAUAGGCCGGAUGCAAAACGGAGCAUCUCGGACAUCUUCAGGAUUCAUGUCGUUGCCAAUCCAGACGUUCGAUCGCCCAUCAUCACCCUUGGCUCCACGAGCUUCUUCCACGUCAGACAUCAGAACCUCUAUCUUGCAGCAGUCACCAAGAACAAUGCCUCCGCCGCACUUGUCUUUGAAUUCUGCUACAGAGUCAUCUCAGUCGGUCGCAGUUACUUCGGCAAGCUGGACGAGGAGAGCGUCAAGAACAACUUUGUAUUGAUCUACGAGCUCCUCGACGAGAUUCUCGACUUUGGCUAUCCCCAAAAUUCAGAGACGGACACCCUCAAGAUGUACAUUACCACCGAGGGCGUCAAGAGCGAAGCAGCGAUGCGUGAGGAAAGCUCGAAAAUCACAAUUCAGGCGACAGGUGCGACCUCCUGGCGCCGGUCAGACGUCAAGUAUCGCAAGAACGAGGCCUUCGUCGACGUCAUUGAGAGUGUCAACCUCUUAGUCUCCUCGACAGGCACCGUCCUGCGUGCAGACGUGGACGGUCAAAUCCUCAUGCGCGCCUACUUGAGCGGCACGCCGGAGUGCAAAUUCGGUCUGAACGACAAGCUAGUCCUGGAUCGCAGGGCGGCAAAGGCAGACCGAGAUCCAGAUUCGAGUGCUGUCGAGCUUGAUGAUUGUCAAUUCCACCAAUGUGUCAAGCUGGGCAAAUUCGACAGCGAUCGCACCAUCAGCUUUGUACCCCCAGACGGCGAAUUCGAGCUCAUGCGGUAUCGAUCGACGUCGAAUGUCAAUUUGCCCUUUCGAGUGCAUCCCAUCGUAGAGGAGAUCGGUAAGAGCAAGGUCGAAUAUGCUGUCCACAUCAAGGCCAACUUUGGCUCAAAGCUGAAUGCGACCAACGUCAUCCUACGGAUACCAACGCCGCUCAACACGACCAAAGUAGACUGCAAAGUUCAGAUUGGCAAGGCAAAGUACGUGCCUGCGGAGAACCAUAUCAUUUGGAAGAUACCCCGGAUGCAAGGUCAAGCAGAGACGACAUUCACAGCCGAAGCGACGCUUUCGACGACGACAUACAAUAAGCCAUGGUCUAGGCCGCCUAUCAGCGUGGACUUCCAGGUGCUCAUGUUCACAGCAUCGGGUCUGCUCGUGCGGUUCCUGAAAGUUUUCGAGAAGAGCAAUUAUCAGAGCGUCAAAUGGGUCAGGUAUCUCUCGAAGAGCAGCAACGGAUCAUACCAGAUCAGACUAUGA